GUCCCUCUUUGACCCGAUUGAGAAAGGAUCAAGUUGCGAUUAUUCGGGAUUUGCUUUCAGUCCGGCAAUCGAUUGGAGAAUAAGAACGAUGACUUCGUCACUGUUAGACCGAGAUUUCUCACCACCGAGCUCGUUUAAAGAUGGAGGAACGGGUGAUCGAUGGCGUAUAAAAAAUGAAAAUUCGGGUAGUGAACGUUGGAGAUCGAGUAAUGAUGCGGAAACUGGUGGUAUUGGUAAUGAUGGUGGUCCUGUUGGAGGCGGCAUUGGUGGUGGAAGUGGUGCUAGUGGUAGUGAACGUUGGUUACGACGGGAAAAUGCUACUGAUCGAAUGAUAGGUGGUCAACGUCGUGGUAGCAGUCGUGAACGUAGCCCACGAAGACUUCGAGAUAGAGAUGGUCGUCGAGGCGGCGCUGGUGGUGUACGUAAUGACCGAAUGGUUUACAUUGCAAAUAUUCCAUAUGACGUACGUUGGAUGGAAUUAAAAGAUUUGGUUCGAGAAAAAGCUGGUGAGGUUAAUUUUGUGGAGCUUCUGGAAGACCGUAAGGGAAAGUCGAAAGGUGCAGCAGUUGUUGAGUUUCGAGAAAAAGAAUCAGUUCAGCGUUGUGUCGACGCUUUGCAUCGUUAUCCGAUGAAUGAUCGUUUGCUUACAGCAAAGGAAAUUCGAGAUCCUGUUGCAUUUUUUCGAAAAGUUAAGGAAGACACAGGUGUUGAUUUUUUAAACGGUCUUCAUGGUGGAACUGCUGCAGCAAGUUUGGAUACUCGUAGCCGUCAGGAGGAGCAGUUUGAAACGUAUGGCCUUAGUCCGGCAUUUCUGCGACAACUUCAUAUCACAGGACCAUUGACAAAUCGUGUUUUUGUGUCGAACCUCCCGUACAACGUACAGAGUGGACGAGUGACAGACUAUUUCUCACUGGCCGGUAAAGUUACAUGGGUUGAUCUUCAAUUAGACAAAGAAGGUCGCAGUAAGGGUAUGGCUGUUGUACAAUUCACUCAUCCGAUCGAAGCAGUGCAAGCUAUUUCAAUGCUGAACAAUCAACGUGUUUUUGAUCGCCAAAUCAAUGUCAAAAUGGAUAAAUUUGAUCCGAUUGAUGACCGGAAAGAGGGAGAGUUGCCUGUGGGUUUGCGUGGAGUUGGCAUGGGUUUGGGCGCAAAUGGUGCACCAUUAGGCGAUGUUUCUUCAAUAAUUUCGUCGCUCACCUCCUCGACAACAUCUCAUAAUUCCUAUGAUAGCACAUCAACAUCGUUUACCAAUCAGUCUGCCUAUCAAAGUGGUCCUGUAUCAGGCCUUCAGCCAAGUAGCAUUUCUUCGGUUAUGCCAUUUUCAUCUACAUAUACAUCGUCAUCUGCAUCUCUCUCAGCUCCCAGCUCUGCUUAUUCUACAUUCGGUGGUGUCGGUGGUUUCAGUGGUUCGCGUUCGAUAAUUAUCAAAAAUCUUCCUUUGGAUUACACAUGGCAGAUUGUGCGUGACCGUGUUCAGCAGUUUGGUCCAGUAGAUCUGACGGAAAUGAUUGCACCAGGGUGUGCUAAAGUUACUUUUGCUGUAGCUGCGGAUGCGGAACGCGCCCGUAAAUCUCUUCAAAAUACCACCGUUGAAGGACGUGUUAUUGGGGUCGAAUUCCUGGCCUGAAGAAAGUGAAAUUUUUACUUUCUUUGAAUUAUUAGCCGCAUUUGCGAUAUUGUAUCCCAUCCGAUCCAUCUUCGUCUUUUGUUUAAUACUUCUUAAUCGCUUGAAUUUUGAAUUCUGAAUCAUGCGAGGAGCUUUACCACUUUUGGGGAAUAUUUUGGAGAUGAAGGAAAAGUCUCGUUAAAUAAAUAAAAUAGUAUGCAAAUGGUUUUUAUUUUGAGAGGCGAUAAUACCGAAUGUCUGUUUUAUGAUUCCAUUUUUGUUCUGUCUCGUUAUUUAAUGCAUUUUAUCUUCGAGAGAGCAUUUUAGAUCGACUUCAUACUAAGCAUAUUUAUUUUUUAGAUUCGUUUAAAUCGGUUAAUAUUCAUCUGAGUAGUUUAUCAAGUUUAUGAUAAGGUCGUUUAGUUUUCUUCUCACAUUCUCCAAAGACGAUGUCGUUCAUGGUCAUAUAUUUUUUUGGACCUGAGUCAUGUUUUGAAAUAAAUUUUCAAUAAAGAG